UCAGUUAUUCUGGGGAACCAUAAAUUGAAUUGCGUUUAUUCCUCAGCUUUGUCUGUGGUGUUCCGCUGUCAGCCUGCAGUGAUUGAUGGGACACAUCCCGCCUCCCGUGGCCGGGGACCCUGUCCGGUCAUAAGUCACCUCACAGGUAUGAUGUUCAGUCCUGCGCCGCCUCUCCGUGACCCUGGCGCGGAGAUGAUGUAUAGUGUGUGUGGCCUCUUCCACAGCUAUUUGUUUGCGGCGUAUGGGAGCUCAAAGCUUUCGCACGCCUUGUGCACUACAUGAUCCUAUUGGACGAGCGGGGCAGUGGAUAUUGCAAAUGAUGAUGGAGAGAGAGAGGGGUGGAGAGGGAGAGGGAGGGAGGUGGAGAGCUCCUGUCUUUCCAACGGCAGACACGCAGCGCUCCUUGAGACUCCAGAUGCCUUUACAGAAUACGCGCCGCUGUUUGCUGUGCGAGUUGCCUCUCCUGUCUUAAAUCGAUCGUUGUGUUAUCGAAAACCAGAAGAUUAUGGGGAUCGCGUACAAUGCGGGAACACGUGGAAAGCUUAUGAGACGAGCGGCUGCGCGCCCGUCCUCAUUGUGAUGGAGGAGCGCGGUGGUGCAUCGUUGGGGAUGAGUGAGAGGUGCGGAGGAGAUAAUCAACGAAGACACUGAGAGCUCCUGUGCGUUUGAACAAGGUCAUCGGAGCCCAGCCUUGGCAGGAUUAUGUCCAUGUGGAGGCGGCAAGGGCGGACUUUUAUGCUUCCUCUCCGGGGACGAGGUUACCUGGGGGUGUCCCCUGAAAACCAAGAGUUUCUCUCCUUGCGUUGGCUCACAGAGGCGGCGAAGAGCCCAUCUAUUGGUGGCUGAGCUGUAUUUUUGACCAUCUGCGUGUUUUGGAGAUAAAAGUUUCCCCGCUCUGCUCGACGAGUGGGUGCUCUAUUCUCCCACCGACUCUUCUAUUGAACGCAGCUGAAGCCAGUUAAGGUGAUUUAGUGGGUGCUGGUUAAAGGGGCAGCGGCGGCGGGUGGGCUGAAUUCCACCAGAGAAACAGCAAGAAAAAAAAAGACAAAAUAAAGAAUUUUUUUUUUUUUUUAAAGCGGCGGCCAGCUGUGUUUCUGGACUACCACAUCUGCCGUUGUUGUCGCUGCUGUCCAUGGUGCUGAACUCGGGCUCCAGGAAUGGUGGAGACGCUGAGUAUCGCAGUGAUCGGUGCUCCCGGAGUGGGGAAAACUUCUAUAAUCCGCCAGUUCAUCUAUAACGACUUCUCGGAGGUGUACACGCCGACCAGGACCAGAUAUGUGUACAGACCCUCCGUCAUACUGAACGGGAACAUGUACGAGCUGAAGAUUUUGGACGUCCCGCCGAUCUCCUCUUUUCCAUCAAGCUCCAGUCAGGAAUGGCUGGAUUUGCGCUGCAGAGGUGUUCGUAAUGCAAACGCAUACAUCCUGGUGUAUGACAUCUGCUGCGUGGAGAGCUUUGAAUACGUCAAAAUGAUCCGACAGCAGAUAGUAGAGAACAGGGAAGGUAGCAGCAGCGAGGUGCCAAUCCUGGUGGUGGGUAACAAGAGAGAUCUGCAGCGUCAGCGCUUCAUGCCUCGCAGGGCCGUGUCGGUUCUGGUGAAGAAGACAUGGAAGUGCGGUUAUGUGGAAUGCUCUGCCAAGUUUAACUGGCACGUAGUCCUGCUCUUCAAAGAGCUGCUGGGGAUUGCUGUGGCACGGGGGAUGCGCCAGAACCACACCUCCAUUCGGUUGCAGGGGGCGCUACAGAGGAAUCGCUGCACCAUCAUGUGACCCUCAGAGCUCCCUCCACCCCUGCCAACUCAGGAGUGGAGCGGCAGCGGAGAGAAGGACUUUCUAUCAAAAUGGCUGGGAAAAAUAACCCCGUGGCCUCCUGCUUUACUGAGCUGAUUUUUCUUAAUGAGGUUUAUUAGACUAGUGCGCUGUAAAAGACACUCAAAUUACACACAUGGUCAUCCAACCACUUCCUAGUCAACUGUGUAGAAACAAGCAAGGAAAUGGGAAAAAGAAAGCAGGUGACAAACAAUACAAAAAGCAUAGCACAGAUAUGUUUCUCACAUCAGCUGGACAGGUCAACAUUUCAGGCUGCGCUUCCCAAUAUGAAAGGUCUGUCGCUGGGCCUGACAGGGCGGAAGCUGUGUUUAUGAGAGUCAAAACGGACAGGCAGCAAUAUCAUCCAGUCUUCCUUUUGAAUUUGCCACACUCUGUAAGGUCAAAAGCAGAAGCUCACAUCUAACAUCACUGGAUUUAUUUGGGAUUUGUGCACGAGACCAACAGGCCAAAAGAUGGAAACGAUAAAAAGUGAGAGUGCUCAUUUUCUGCGCCAGUUAUCUCAAAAUGUACAUAGAUAGAUAUGGUUAGGUGGUGUUUAAUUUUAGAUUCUGAGAAGUAGCCUGCAUUUUUGUUCUCUCCCCCGUCCCCUAUUAGAAUCUUGGCCGACAGUAAAAGCUGCUUGUUCACAGAAAGGCUGUUUUAAGGUUGUCUUGCAGCAGAAAAUGCUGCAGUCCCUUAUCAUGAUGUACUGUAGGACGUAAAUCUGCUCCCUCCCCUCACUCAGUCUCUGUUUCUGAUGAAUACAUUAAAUCCAGGGAACGGGGAACCUGCAGGAGGCUCCGGAGCCUGAAACAAGAACCUGUGCAUGGAGCGUGUGUGUGUGUGUCUGUGUGUGUGAGAGAGAGAGAGAAAGAGAUGGAGAGAGGGAGAGGCAGGUUUAUAGUUGACAUUCAGGCAAGCAAAGGACAGACGCGGCAAGAUAACAGGCAGAUGUUGAAGCACUGGAUUAGAAAGGAGCAAUAAACACACACAGGGAUGUCCAGACUGACUAUAUGUGCCACAUUAUUAUAUUAAAAAUGCCUCGCCACACACAGUCAAUGUAAUCCACUUGCGCUCCAGCAGAAAUACACACGCAGAGCUUGGUGGCUUCCAUAUCAAUAUGUGAAUACUAUCUAAUUGGUCAUAUCGUGAAAUUAACAGCAACUCUUUUCAUUUGAUUAGGCCGAGGUAUGUGAAUAUGCCAGCACUGAAAGCAAGCAGAUCUAUUGUAUAUACACGAUUGAUUCAUAGACUAAUUGAGUUGCAUGCUUUUGUUGGUAGAGCCAACGGGUCAGGGUUUAAUUGCACUGAUGUGAAAAUGUGAUACUGUGUUUAAUUUUUGUAAUACAUGGUUUUUUGACGCUGUAAUGAGCAACUGAGUGGAGUGAAUGUGGUCGUUUUUCACCGGCAUGUGAGAGCACAAGCUCACGAUACUCUACCAAGGUGUAUUGUUGAACCCUUCAGUCAGGCCAAAUGGCUGUGUUAGAUUUUUUGUUUGUUUGUUUGUUUGUUUUUCUAGUUGAAAAAAAAAAGGAAAUAUGUAGCAGAGAUAAACUAGAAAGCAACUGCGUGUAGCAUGAGUUCUCAUCAUUUCGUUUGUGUGCAUUUUCAAAUAAAAAGGGCUACUGUUUUUUAUCACAUACAUUACUUGUGUUGUGUUAUUUUUACGGUGUCAGUACUGUAAGUCAUUUUGUUUGGCUUUUGGUU